UGCUCUCUCGCCCACAUGAUCAGCGAGAGGCAAUGUCACCUGUGCAAAUUCCACUGGUCUUUCUUCAUCCUAGACAGGUUGGUCUGGUUUGAGGUGUUUUCACCCUGAGGCAAGGAAUGUUCUGUAAAGUUUUCCCCCCAAACCACCACCUCUUUUUUUCAGGGCUUUAAAAGGAGCCAGUUCUCCACUCUUGCCACUCGUUCUUCUCCAGCUUGAGCAGAAGAGUUCUACAUCAUCAUCAUCAUGAACACCGCUUUCUCCAACCGCAGCUACGUCUCCUCUUCCUCCUCCUCACUGCUAGCCUCUGGCAGUUCUUUGAGGAGCGGUUCAUCCCUGCGCUUUGGAAGCCAGGCAAGUGGCAGCGUGUAUGGAGGAGCCGGAGGGUCCGGAGUGCGCAUCUCCACUGUCAGGUCAAAUGUCGGAGGUGGUUUCAACCUCGCCGACGCCAUCGAUGUUUCGGCCAAUGAGAAGCUGACGAUGCAGAACCUGAACGAGCGUCUGGCCACCUACCUGGAGAAGGUGCGCUCGCUGGAGAAGGCCAACGCUGAGCUGGAGCUCAAGAUCCGCCAGUUCCUUGAGGGCAAGGCCUCCCCCAAGGCCCGAGACUACUCUGCUUACUUUGCCACCAUCAGUGACCUGCAGGCCAAGAUUCAGGGUAGCAUUAUUCUGAACGGAGGACUGUACCUCAACAUUGAUAACGCCAAACUUGCCGCUGAUGACUUCAGAGUAAAGUAUGAGAACGAGCUGACCAUGAGGCAGUCAGUGGAGGCAGACAUUGCCGGGCUGAGGAAGGUUCUAGAUGACUUGACGUUGGCCAGAUCAGAUCUUGAGAUGCAGAUUGAGGGUCUAAAGGACGAGCUGAUCUAUCUGAAGAAGAACCAUGAGGAGGAGCUCCUGUUGUUACGCUCUCAGAUGGGUGGACAAGUGAAUGUGGAGGUGGAUGCCAGACCACAGCAAGACCUGACAGCCAUCUUGGCUGGAAUCCGCGAGCAUUACGAAUCUGUGGCCGCUAAGAACCGCAAAGACAUUGAGGCCUGGUUCCAGACCAAGAGUGAAGCGCUAAGCAAAGAGGUCGCCAUCAGCACAGAAACGCUCCAGACGUCCAGAUCUGAAAUUACAGAGGUUAAGCGCACACUUCAGAGUCUGGAAAUCGAGCUUCAGUCACAGCUUAGCAUGAAAGCGUCUCUCGAACACACUCUGGCUGAGACAAAGACCCGCUAUGCACAAACGCUCACCGGCUAUCAGUUUCAAGUGACGAGUCUGGAGGAGCAGCUGGUGCAGCUUCGUGCUGAUCUUGCUCGCCAAGCUCAGGAAUAUCAGAUGCUGCUGGACAUCAAGACCAGACUGGAGAUGGAGAUCGCUGAGUACAGGAGACUGCUGGAUGGAGAAGCAACCAAAAGCACCACAACCACCUCUAGCACCGCCACUCGGAAGGUUGUGAUUGUCACAGAGGAGGUGGUGGAUGGUAAAGUGAUCAGCUCCUCCACUUCUCAGAGCAAAACCAUCACCAAGUAAGCAUGUUGAGUCUCCACGCAGCAAUGAGAUGACUUCCAUCCCCAUGACAUGCUCUCUCAAUGCUCACAAAGUAAAAUAAAGUCAAGUCAAAACAA